UAAGUACUGAUGAACACAGUAAAAUCCAAGUUGAGAGAGAUAAAGAGAAUGGAGAGCGUAAGUUUCUAAAAAAUUACAGAGAGGAAAAAAAAAUGAUUCUCUUCCAAAGAUUCAGUUUUGGUAAAUUGUUUACCUCAAAAAAAUCCCGUAAAUUAUCAUCGGAGAUAAGGCUAUGGAAUGAAAUAGGUCGAGAAAAAGAUCACAUCCUCAUGGCGCAUGUUAGCUCAUGGUUAGUUUCACCGGAAAAUGUUUUCCGGUGGGAAGCCACCAUUAAAGGCCCGGCGAGUUGCCCUUUCGAAAACGGAGUAUUCGUCUUGUCCGUUCACAUCCCCAAGGACUUUCCUUUUAAACCACCCAAAAUCACAUUCAAGACCAAGAUAUUUCAUCCAAAUAUAAACGAGCGUGGAGAAAUCAGUGUUGAUAUUUUGGGAUCACGAUGGACACCGUCGUGGACAAUCAAUUUGGUAUUGCUGGCUAUAUGUUCGGUUUUGUCUGACCCGGUUGAACCGUUUUUUCCUGGUAAUCCUGCCGCCAGAUUGUACCGGAAAAACCGGAAAGCUUACGAGGAAAUUGCGAUAGAGUGGACAGUGAAAUAUGCAAGGGGCUAAUUAGUUUUCUUAAGUUUUAAAAUGUCGAUGUCUGUUGACUGUUGCGGUUAUCUAUUACUUUUUAAUUUCUUAUUUGCGUCGAGUGCUUAGACAUCAUCGCUCUUGUUUUCGAAAAUACAAAUACUAAACAAAAACAUUGAUACGUAUGAGAUGAAAUUUUAAUUAUCUAGUACUAGUAUGCGUG